CCCUGGAGGUCCUGGAAAAGGAGUACUCUGUCGGCGAUGGUCUUGACAUUGACACCCUGCUGGACUCCGACAAGCACGGAGCGUUGACCUACAACGACUUCCUCAUCUUGCCCGGAUACAUCGGUAAGGCGAACAUUUGCAGCCUUUGGUGAUUCUGAUCGAGAUCGGUUGCUUAUGCCCUAUGACAGGCUUCCCUGCAUCCGAUGUCAGUCUGGACACCCCCGUCACCAAGCGUGUCUCUCUUAAGGUCCCCCUUCUGUCUUCCCCUAUGGACACUGUUACCGAGCACAACAUGGCCAUUCACAUGGCUCUCCUCGGUGGUCUGGGUGUUAUUCACCACAACUGCGCUCCUGCCGAGCAGGCCGAGAUGGUCCGCAAGGUCAAGAGAUACGAGAACGGUUUCAUCUCCGACCCCGUUGUGCUUUCUCCCAAGGCCACCGUCAGCGAGGCCAAGGAGCUGAAGGCCAAGUGGGGUUUCGGUGGCUUCCCCGUCACUGAGAACGGAACUCUUCGCUCCAAGCUUGUCGGUAUCGUUACUUCUCGUGACAUCCAGUUCCACAACAACGUCAACGACCCCGUUACCGCUAUCAUGUCCACUGAUCUCGUCACUGCCCCUGCUGGCACCACCCUGGCUGAGGCCAACGAGGUCCUUCGUUCCUCGAAGAAGGGAAAGCUUCCCAUUGUGGAUGAGAACGGCAACCUCAUCUCUCUGCUGUCCCGCAGCGAUUUGAUGAAGAACCUCCACUACCCUCUCGCCUCCAAGCUCCCCCAGUCCAAGCAGCUGAUCUGCGCUGCCGCCAUCGGUACCCGUGAGGAGGACAAGACCAGACUUAAGCUGCUUGUUGAGGCUGGCCUCGAUAUCGUUAUUCUGGACAGCAGCCAGGGUAACAGCAUGUACCAGAUCCAGAUGAUCCGCUGGGUCAAGGAGAACUUCCCCGAGAUCGAUGUUAUCGGUGGUAACGUCGUUACUCGUGAGCAGGCCGCAGCUUUGAUUGCCGCCGGUGUCGAUGGCCUGAGAAUUGGCAUGGGCAGCGGCAGUGCCUGCAUCACCCAGGAGGUCAUGGCUGUCGGUCGUCCCCAGGCCGCCGCCGUCCGCAGCGUGACUUCUUUCGCUGCUCGCUUCGGCGUUCCUUGCAUUGCUGAUGGUGGUAUCCAGAACAUUGGCCACAUCGUCAAGGGUCUGGCCGCGGGUGCCUCCACUGUCAUGAUGGGAGGUCUCCUUGCCGGUACCACCGAGUCUCCCGGUGAGUACUUCGUCAGCAAGGAGGGUCAGCUUGUCAAGGCCUACCGUGGUAUGGGCAGUAUUGCUGCCAUGGAGGACCGCAAGGCUGGCGCCGGUAACAAGGACAGCAAGGCCAGCAACGCUGGUACUGCUCGUUACUUCUCCGAGAAGGACAGUGUCCUGGUUGCUCAGGGUGUUGCUGGUUCCGUUCUUGACCGUGGCUCCAUCACCAAGUUCGUCCCCUACCUGGUUGCGGGUAUCCAGCACUCUCUGCAGGACAUUGGUGUCCCCAGUCUCCAGGCCCUGCACGAUGGCGUGAACAAGGGUACUGUCCGCUUCGAGAUGAGAAGUGCCAGCGCCAUGGCCGAGGGUAACGUCCACGGUCUGCACAGCUACGACAAGAAGCUCUACGCUUAAGCGGUGAAAGCUUAAGGGUUGGAGUUCUUUGUUUGUUUCUUUACGUUUUGAGAGCCUAUCUGUUGACACGUCUUGUUACAUGAUGAUAUGUGGCUGUUACGAAAACAAAAGCUCGGGCAUGGGGAAUUGGAGUUCGACUUGUGGUGACGCACAAACUUUGGUUCAUGGUUAUCAAUGCAUUACGCCUUUUUCAAUAAUUAUAUCCACAACCUAGACUUAUGACAGUCACCAAUAUACAUAUGUUCUGUCAGA